UAUCUUAAUUCAGUAAAACAUAUAGAAAACAAGGUGCGACGGUCUACUCGCCUGCGCCCUCGUUGGUUUUUAUCUGGCGUCACUGCUCCUUGGUUCGAGGGUUAAAUUACAUAAAUUACUUGUUUUCGUUUACCUUUUUUUUUUUUUAAAUAAUACACACGAUUUAUGGAGAUCAUGCAGUAUUGUACAAAUGUUAUUUAGUUAUCCUUGUUUUUCUAUUAAUAUAGUGAUGGACGGCGUGGCCUACUGCAAACAUAUUGUCAAAGGUUCCACAUCUUGAUCCUGAAAUACAGAAUAUUUACACAAUGUUUAUUAUGUUUUUUUUGAUGUAACAGCUGAGAAACGAAGAUCGAAGAUAUGUCUUGUACGUGCUCCGUUGCGGCAAAGUGGUUUAUACAUUCGGUCUAUAUAGGGAUAUCAUGCUCCAGGAUCCGAAUUAGUAAUUUUGGAAAGCAUGGAGUAUUUGUGGUUAAUUUUGCAAGGAGAGGUCCUAUUAGAUCAUUUUCACAGUCUUCAGUUUAUUUUGCUGCUAAAGAUGGCACAACAAAGGAUGGAACUGGUGAUGGUAAGAAAUCUGUAAGUGAAGGCGGUGGGGGAAAACGAUCUUCUGGUUCUGGAAGUUCUGGCAAAAGUGGCAGUCAGUUGCGUUGUCCAAAAUGUGGAGAUCCUUGCACUCAUGUGGAGACUUUUGUUUCUUCAACUCGCUUUGUGAAAUGUGAAAAAUGCCAUCACUUUUUUGUUGUGCUGUCAGAGGCAGACUCAAAGAAGAGUCUAAAUAAAGAACCUGAAUCUGCAGCAGAAGCAGUUAAGUUGGCAUUUCAGCAGAAACCUCCACCACCUCCAAAAAAGAUCUAUGGCUAUCUUGAUAAAUAUGUUGUUGGUCAAUCCUAUGCCAAGAAAGUGCUCUCAGUUGCAGUAUACAACCACUACAAGCGUAUUUAUAAUAAUAUUCCUGCCAGUAUGAGACCGCAAGCAGAAUUAGAGAAGCAAACAUCUCUGACACCUAGAGAAUUAGAAAUGAGAAGACGGGAGGAUGAGUACAGAUUUACAAAAUUACUUCAGAUUGCUGGAAUCAGUCCACAUGGCAACGCACUGGGUGCAUCAAUGCAGCAACAAGUUAACCAACAGAUUCCUCAGGAGAAGCGAGGUGGUGAAGUUUUAGACAGUAAUAGUGAUGAAAUUAAACUGGAAAAGAGCAACAUCCUUCUUCUUGGACCAACUGGGUCAGGUAAAACUUUGUUGGCUCAGACACUUGCCAGAUGCCUUGAUGUCCCCUUUGCUAUCUGUGACUGUACCACUCUGACUCAGGCGGGUUAUGUUGGGGAAGAUAUCGAAUCAGUCAUUGCAAAGCUGCUCCAGGAUGCUAACUAUGGUGUUGAAAAAGCACAACAAGGAAUUGUUUUUCUGGAUGAAGUAGAUAAAAUCGGCAGUGUGCCAGGCAUUCACCAGUUACGAGAUGUUGGUGGGGAAGGUGUGCAGCAAGGUUUGCUGAAACUUCUUGAAGGAACAAUUGUUAAUGUUCCUGAGAAAAAUUCUAGAAAGUUAAGAGGAGAAACUGUUCAAGUUGAUACAACAAACAUCCUUUUUGUGGCUUCGGGUGCUUUUAAUGGACUUGACAGGAUAAUUAGCAGAAGAAAAAAUGAAAAGUAUCUGGGGUUUGGGACACCAUCAAACCUUGGGAAAGGAAGGAGGGCAGCAGCAGCUGCUGAUCUUGCUAAUAUAAGUGGAGAAGGUGAUACAGUUCAGGAGAUUGAAGAGAAAGACCGGUUGCUACGCCAUGUUGAAGCUCGGGACCUGAUUGAGUUUGGUAUGAUUCCUGAAUUUGUGGGACGCUUGCCAGUUGUUGUUCCUUUGCACAGCCUGGAUGAGGAGACACUGGUUAGAAUUCUAACUGAACCCCGGAAUGCUAUAAUUCCGCAAUAUCAAGCAUUGUUCAGCAUGGAUAAGGUAGUUUUUUUUUAUUUAUUAUUAUUAUUAUUGGUAUAUUGUAAAUUUUUUGCUUUUGCUUUGCAGGAGAAAUUGCUAUUGGAGCCUAUGUUUGAAGUCCCACAUUCUGAUAUCAUUGCAGUAGAGCUUAACAAGGAAGUUGUAGAGGGAAAAUCUCUUCCUCAGUAUAUGAGAACUCCUUCAAAAGACUCUCCUGAAGAAGAAUAUGAGUCAGUAGUAGAAGAGGACAGUUGGCCUCGUCAGGCUGAUGUUGCAAACAGUUAAACAAUGAAUCAUUUUACACCUUUUUAAAUAAACAAACAUUAAUUUUGUCUCCUUUUCAUUUCCUAUGAAUUGACUGGAAAUUUUGGAUGAUCAAAUAUAAAACAUAUAUAAAAACUGAUCAUGCUCUUUUUAUACUGAUUUGUACAGGGAAGUACCUGGUGAAUUGAAAUGAUCUCUGAAUUUGCUUAUUUUGCCAUUCCUGUUUUGAACAGAGCUUCCACAGUCAAGUUAAUUGUCUGUCUUUCUUUUAGUUUUGACCGUGGAAAACUUUUUAAGACAAACUGUCAGCAUUUUCUGUCUCAGUUUGAGAGAUUUGUGGAUUCACUUCAUAUUAAAAGUUUUAUUUAUGGUUUAUUUUGAAAAUGCAUUGGAUAGCAAGUUAUAAUAAAAAGUGCUAUAAAGAUUUAUUUAAAAAGUUUCACUUGUAUAUGCCAAGAUUUUAUGUGUGUGUUUGACAAAGGUUCAGAAAAAUUGCCUGAAGACAAAAACAAUAAAUUGUGGCUUUAAUACAUUUAAUUAAUUUGCACCCACUAAAAGUUGCCAAUUGUUAGAGCAUGUUUUAAUAAGCGAGUAUAAAGUGUACAGUGUUACUGAAAAUGUUUAGAAUUAUUGAUUAUUCACUUAACAGUUUUCAGAUGUAUUUGAUUUUAUUUGACACACAACCACAUCUUUUUGCUUCAUUAAAAUUAGUGGUAGUUACUAGGGAAAAUGAGCUUCGAUAUGAACAUGUGGUGCUCUGACCGAAAACUGGACCCUACUAAGUGCACAUUACAUAUUUCAGUGACAUCACUCUGAGCUGAAUAGCUAGGGUUCUUUUAAAAAAUAUAUAUAUAUAUCAUUUUAAAUACAUAAAGUAUAUUGACUGUUCCUGCAUAAAUCUUAUGCCACAUAUUGGUUUUUGUCAUUGUUCACUAGUUGUUUUUAGCAUUUUUAAUUUAUACCCACAUCACAUGUUUGAAAAAGGGAUUUUUCCUCAGUCUUGUAGGCUUCAAUUUCUACUAUCCAGCAUUAUAAACCUUGUUGUACUCUUAUUUUCAAAUGCUUUGUUGCCUCCUCUAAAUUGUGUAUAAUAGUAACACAGUUAACUGCUGGAGUAAUUUAAUUUAAACAUUUAUAUAAAAUAUAUUUAAUAUGUA